AUGUCCGUUCAUUUCAAAACUAUAUUUAUUCUAAUAUUAAUUAAUAAAUGUUUGGCUAGUGAUUGGGAUUAUUUAGAGCAUGGACCUGAUGUUUGGAGUGAACACUACCCAACAUGCGGUGGAGAACGUCAAUCGCCAAUAAAUAUAAAAACAGCAUGCACAAUCUAUCAACCUUUAGAUCAAUUUAUUUUAACACCUGAUCAUGUUACAGAAAAUAAUUUUAUCGCAAAAUAUAAUGGACAUACUAUAUCGUCAGAAACAAAUAAUAAAAAUUUAGCUCUUCAAGGAGGAAAUUUAACUGGAACAUUUUAUUUUGAUAGUUUUCAUUUACAUUGGGGACCAAAUCAUAAUGUAGGAAGUGAACAUCAAAUGAAUGGACUUAAAUCUGCUGGUGAAAGUCAUUUUGUUUAUCGGAAUGCACUAACUAAUGAAAGAGCUGUUUUAAGUUUUCUUAUGGAAACUCGGCUGACUAAAAGCUUCCGAUCAAAUAAUAAAAAUGAUUUUUAUGAUACUAAAAGUGAAAGUGAAUGGAAGAAAUUUUUUGAUGUUGCACAAAAAUUAACACAUGAAAAUGAUUCAGCAAGCAUUGAUUUAUCAUUAAAUUCUUUAAUGGGAAAUAACCGAAAUGAAUAUUGGAGAUAUGCAGGAUCAUUAACAACACCACCUUGUACGGAAAAUGUUAUUUGGACUAUUUUUAAAGAACCUAUUGUAUUAUUAGACUAUGAAUUUAAUUCAUUUCGUCAUGAAUUAUUUUUUGAAAGUUUUCGUGGUCCACAACCAUUAUAUUAUAGACAAGUUUAUAGAACUUUUCGUGAUGAAAUUCAAUCAAAAAUUCCUGAUGAAAACUGUUGUAUUUCAGCAAAAUCGAUGGGAAAAUCAAUGAUUUUUAAUAAUAAGAUUAAUUCGAUUUAUUUCUUUGCUGCUUUUUUAAUAUUAUCAACAAUUUUUUGA